AUGAACUUCUCUCAAUCUCAGCAUAUAUUACAAACCUCAACAGCUCUUCCAAGAUUUAUUGAAGUUUAAGCUUAAGUUUUUAUAACUUCACAGCGUUCAGAUUGGGAAUACCUUCUUCCUAAUGGAUUUAUGGAGAAAGUUAGCAUUAUAACAACAACAGGUAUUGUAUCACUAUUAAAAGGAUUCAAAUUGAGAGCAUAUGCAGUAUCAACAUAUCCUCUUUACGGAAUAUCCGUAGAUUGGGUUGCAUUUGAUGAUCCAAGGCUUAAGGUAGUAACAUUUGAAUCAACUGAUUUCUAAGCUUUAACAUCAGGAUCAGGAAGCAGGAGCGUCUAAUUCAUAAUUGAACAUCUAUUACAAGAUGCAACUAAGAGCAUUAUUGCCUUGAUAGGUAUCAGACAUACAUAUUAUAACUUUAUAGUGGAAUUAAAAAUUGAAUAACUAAACUCAAAAACAGUUAUAGUCUCUGCAAAUACAUAUACCCUAGCCCAACUAAACUAUAUAAAAUUCAAUAUUCUUUUGGGAACUGAUCAAUCUUUAUGGACAUCUCCUGAAUUAUCUUUUACUCUUGAUAUGAAUGAAAAUCACCCAUUUAUCAGUAGGUCAUAUUAUAAUGCUGAAGUGACCUAAACUAUUUUAUUCCUAUAAGAAUAAUUUAAUGAUAUAGCCUCAGCUACUCCAUUAAUCGCAAAACGAGGAUAUGAUGUUGAUCAAAGAUGGAAUCCGUGUCAGUUUUUGAAUGUAUCCUUAACAAAUCAAGUUAUUAAGGUAGUACUAGGGCUAUUAUCAAUUUUAAAAGGUUAUCAUAUAUAUAAGAGUACUGAUAAAAUAGGGAAAUGA